UUGUAGAGAUGUAAUGGAGUUUGGAAAUCGCUUUUCGCGAAGAAUAAAGAGGAGGGAAUGUUAGACUCAAUCGAGUUGUUGCCAAAUAGUAGUAUAUUUGUACGAGAAGUGGUAAAGUUCAGUGAAGUUACAAAAGAGGUUUCUGAUUUGUUAUAUGUAUGCAACAUUUGAAGGAAGAACAGAUCUUUGAGUAUACAAAAAGCAGUAAUGGAAAGAGAGGAAGUGAUAAAAAAUGUGCGUGCAUGUCUUAUAUCUUCAAAAGGUGGUGUAAAGAUUGAAGAUUUAAGUAGAGAUUAUAAGAUGCUCAUUGAUGAAAACAUACCAUUUCGGAAAUUAGGAUAUCAAUCCUUGGUUGCCUUUUUACGUACUAUAUCUACUGUUAGAAUUAGUGAAAAAGGAAGUGAGUGUUUAGUGGAAGCUAUACCUAGCGAAGAAUCUGCACAUAUUACCAAGUUAAUCGCACGCCAAAAGACAGUGUCUAGAAAUUAUAAAAAACUGGUUAAUACUCGAAAACCAACACCAUUUCGUAAACCCAUGACAACUAAAAAGAAUGUUCGCAAUACAAAAGGUGGUAAUGAUAAUUUAUAUCCACAAAUGAGUGGAAGGCAAAGUAUAUCUUUUCCUGCAAUGUCAACAAAAAUUACUAUUCAUCAAAAUAAUGAGAAACCUAGAUACAUACAAUCUAAUUUUGGUGUGCCACCAAGUUCUCCUAGUAAAAGACUGAAAGAUAGACAAAUGAAUUCUGUUUUAUCAACAAACCAAAGUGUUAAUAAGCCUAGAGACGAAUCGCAAGUAAAAAACAAUUUAAAGGCAAUAACACCUGUGAUAAAUCAAAAACCAAAGACUGUCAAUAAUAAUGGUGAAAUACUUGCUAAGAAAAUUUCAGGUAUAAGUGACAGACUUAAAAUAAAUUCUAAUAUACCUUCAUUGCUGAAUUUACGCACCAAUAUUUCAACACCUAAUCAAUCCGAAAUAUUGUCACCUCUUUCACCUGGCCAAGUUUUAGUAGAUGGUAACAUAAUAAAAUUUCAACAAUCGAUAAUAAAUCCACCUACGUUAUUAGGCAAUGCCAAGAAAAUUGUGCCAAAAUCACAAUCUAUUGAUCCAAGAGAUGAAUUAAAGAAAAGGGCUAUUACACUAAAUCUUCCAGAACCUAUAUAUCAGAUUUGUCCUGCAACAAUUAAAAAUACUAAAGAACCAGCUGUGUUUGCACAAGUUAAGAUUGGUCCUCAUGGAUAUUCAAGUUAUCCAGAAGAAACACGUUCUGAGGAUGAAGCACAAAAAAUUGCUGCAAAAUUUGCCUUGCUUGACCUUACUGAGAAAUAUGGGUCAUCUGUUUGUUUCAAUGAAACUAGGGAUAAAAAUAUAAUAAAAGGACGAGUUUUGUCUAUAAUAGAUGCUCACCCAAAUGGUAUUUUCAUGCAUCAAGUUCCUAUAUAUUAUAAACAACAAUAUGAAGAAAUAUUACCAGGAAAUUGGGAAAAAGCUAUUGAAACGAGUGCAGCAAUUAUUUUGGAAAAGGGUGUUGAUAAUUCAGUUAUUCUACGUCGGUUCAUUUCUUCCACUGAAAAGAUAAAAAAUAUAACACCAAAAACGGAUAGAGUACAAUUAAAUCCAAUUGGUCCUGCAGCACCUGGACAAUUGCAAUUACCAGAAGAAGAUUUUUGGAUUGUAUCUGUUACAUGUGUUAUAAGUACAAUUGAAAUUUGGGCUAGAAUCGUAGGAGAUGCAUACAGUGAGCAAUUUGAUAUUAUGGCUACCGAAAUGAGUCAAUAUUACAGUAAAAUUCAACAACCUGUGAAAUCACAGGCUAUUGAAACUGGAAAUUAUUAUGCUGUGUUUGAAGAUGAAUCAUGGCACAGAGUUCGUUGCGUGGAUUAUAAUGUUACAAAUGGUAUGGUUACAGUUUCAUUUAUUGAUCAUGGUGAUGAAGAUACUUUCCAUCACAAUAGAUUACAGAUACUAGAUAAAAAAUUCUGUGUGCUUCCUGCUCAGGCAUUGAGAUUGCGUCUUUCUGGUUUGGAAGAUUUUAGUGACUGUGACAGCAUUGUGAAUCAGAUUGAAAAACUGUUACUCGAUCGUGCUUUAUACGUUGAAGUACGAAAUCGUAAGAAGGAUCAGAAUGAACUCUCUGCGACAGUUAUGUUUUAUGAUACACAUGGACCAGAUGAUAUUAAUUUAAAUUUGGAAUUAUUUAAACAAAUUUCACAAAACACAGUGGUUGCUCCUAAAUUAGAUGUUGAGGGGCAAGUAUCUGAAGUAUUUAUUUCUCAUAUAGAACAGAAUGGUGACGUGUACAUACAAGUUCAGUCUGAAAGUAUGAAAUUUUUGGUUAGUUUAUUAAAUCGACUAAUAUGUACUGGAUUAAACACUGAAGACAUUGAAAGCUGUGCUGUAACUACAGUUGACCCUAAUAAAACCUACUUUGUAUCGGUAAAUAAUAAUUGGUACAGAGGAAGAAUUGUAGGUGACAACUAUUACAAUCAAUUAAGAGCAUUUUUAAUUGAUUUUGGUAAGACAGUCAAUACAACAAAAAGUAGCCUUCUUUCUUUGGAAAUAUUAUCUCAAGUUUUAGCAAAUUAUCCUGCUCAGGCAUUAAAGGUACAUCUUCAUAACAUUGAUAAAUCAAUGUUCAAUGAAAAGAUGGUUGCAAAACUUGUAGAACUUGCACCAAAAGGAGAGCCACUUAUUGUAAAAGUUGUAUCAGUUGCAAGUGGAACACCAGUUGUAGAACUAUUUAAAAGAAUUCAACCAAGUAAUAUGCUUGUUUCUGUUAAUAACACUUUGGCUCUUGAAGAGGAGCUUACAAAAACGCAUGGCGAUGGCAAUAAUAAUGUAAAACCAAGGAAACGUAUAGAACGUAUAAGUUCUAAAUCAACAGGGUAUGAAGAAGAUGAUAUUUUAAAGUCCUUAAAACCACCAAAAAUAUCUGGUAUAGGUGAAUAUUUUGAUGUUCAUGUAACAAUGGCAGCUCACCCUGGAAAUUUUACUAUUCAACCAUUUGAUGAUAAACGUUCGUUAGAGACAAUGAUGAUUCUGUUACAAGAAACAUGCCAAGCAUAUAAAGGUCCAGUCCCAACUAUAGAUGUAGUAAAAGAGGGAAAACUUUAUGCAGCUCAACAUAUUGACAGUCAUUGGUAUAGGGUGUGCAUUUCAAGUAUAAUUAAGGAAAACAUGGUUAGUGUCUACUUUUGCGAUUUCGGAGAUGUAUCAGUAUUGCCAUUAAAUAAAUUACAACCUUUGAAAAGUCAAUUCUUAGAAUUACCAUAUCAAGCUAUUAAAGCAAGACUUGCUGGCAUACAACCGAUUAACGUUGACUGGUCUGUUGAAGAUAGUUUAAGGUUUCAAGAAUUGGUUGUGGAUAAAAAUUUUGUAUCGAUAGUCGUUGAAUCUAAGCCCGAUGGACUUUCACCAGCUGAUACUAUAUUGGGUUUAAAAUUAAUAGAUGUUAAUACACCUAAUGAUAUUUACAUUGAUCGACUUUUAGUAGAAGAAGGUCGGGCUACAUUCAUUGCUUAAAUUGGCACACACACACACACGCGCGCGCGCGCGCAUGCAUACAUGCAUACAUACAUAGUAAGCAUGUAUACUUGGGUGAAAGUUGUAUGUACAGAAGAUGUACCUACAGAUAAUUGUUUCCUACAUGUAUGCUAAAUGAACUUUGUACAGUUUUACUGUUUUAUGCCCAAGAACAUAGUUGUUUGUAUAUAAAAAUAAUAUUUUUAUUUGGUAGUAUU